AUUCAACUCACUCACUCACUCACUCUUACUCAGUGUGCACAUCUCUACAGCGAAUCCAUGUUGGCGAAAAUUCCAUUUUCUCACCUGUUCUUUUUUUUUGUUUUGGUUUGUUUGUGUACGUUGUGUAUUCUGUUUUGCCAUCUUUUUUUCAGACAGCAAAAGCUUCACGAUAAAAGUAGCAGUACUAAUAGUAGCAAAAGUGAUAUAAACGAGUCCCUGCUCGGUGUACUGUAGGCGGUUCAUACAAGGGGGGUGUUAACGAAUAUGCGACACACUCGAGAAGGAUAAUUUUAAAACAAAGUUGUUUUUUUGUUUGCUGUUGUUUGCUCACGAAGAAAAGCAAACAGCAUUAGCCACCGCUCCAUAUUGUAAGGCGAGACGAAAGUAAAUCGAACCGGUUGCAAAAUCGUGCGACUUUGCAGAUUAGUUAGUAUGUACAGUAAAAACUGCAGGAAGACAAUGUAAAAAGAAAAGACAAACUUACCUCUCGAGAUGUGCAAAAAAGGAAUUUGUCACGCACACAGAAUCUCCUUCCCGGAAGGUGCAAAAGCCAUCAACAUACAAACGAUGCGUGCCCCUGUUUCAAAUGGCCCGAGCUGAUAGCACGGACCUGGUCUCCCUGGAAUCCCCAACGGUACCUGUUCCACCGUCAGCUUCAACAGUCUCGACGCCCGCGUCGUUUGCCCCGGUCGGUGCAACCGGGACCGUCGGCUACCACCAGCAACUACCGCAGCAUCAGCAGUAUCUGCAGCACCAGCUCCAGCAGCGGUUCGUCGACGGUAAAGUUCCACAGCAGCCACAGCAGCAUCAACAGCACGGGAAGGAUGUAUUCCAGCCUGCUCGGCGAAACGGAGGCGGCGGCCAAAAGUCUGCGCCGAUGGCCUUCGGAGACGCAGUCGCUACCGGUGCAGGCGCAGCCCUGCAACAGCCCGACGAUACCGGCUCGACGGACUCGUCCAUCUUCGACGAGGACGUUAAGAAGCGCCCCAGGAAGCUGUUUUCUUUCGGCAAGCGCUUUGCCAAGUCGAAGAAACAGCAAUAACGAUAGUAGAAGCAGAAGCAGCAGCGGCAGCAGUAGCAGCAGCAGCAUCAAACACAGCGACACGGGUACAAUAACGAACUGGGAAAACCACCAACAACCGGACACGUUGUCCGGUCAGCGACGACGACG